UCAUCAUAUGCUGUAUGGAUCACUUUUUGGUCACAGUUUCAAUUCUUCUACUUUUUGUGACCCUUUCAUCCUCUGAUGAAGUGAUUUUAGAGAAACAGCCAACACCAAGUAAGAGUUGGAUCUGGGAUGCAUUAAGGCCAGCUGGUGUAUCCGGUGGGCCGGCCGGGUGGGUGAGGCUGACAAAUUACCAAACCUGUGAUAUUUCUUUGAAUGGACACCCACAACCAAACAACUGGCUUCGAAGUAAACCUAUAGGGAUCCACAGUGGAGUGAAAGCAGUCCACAUUACUAUUGAGUACCUAACUCGUAACUGUUCGUCCUAUUCUGACAAUGGAGGGAAAUAUUGCAAAGAGUAUUUCGACUUAUAUGUACAUCAGUCUGGGCAACCAACGUACCCCGACCCUCUGACAAACAAUGCUACCUAUGAGAAGAUUGCUAAAACAGCUCCGUCAGCUCUUAGCAUAAGAGUGCCUCAAACGUUUAAUGUAGAUGUUAAAAGAAAGUACAUCAUAUUGGCGUUUCAUGACCAGGGUUCAUGUACUGUCCUUUACUCCGUCGCUGUUAAAUAUUACGUCUGCCCAGAGACAGUUCAUGUUGGCGGUUUGGUGAACUUACCACGUACAAUGGCUCCAGCUAACAGCUCAGAGCCAGUUGUAAGUGGUUGUACUAAAAAUUCCGUCCACGAGCAAGGUGUUUUAAGGGUGAACUGCCAAAGUGAUGGGGUCUGGAACAUGAGUUCACUAAACGGAAGAUGUAUAUGCAUGGAGGAUAUGGAGAAUACGAGGGGGGAAUGCAAAGAUUGCCCGGAAGGUAAAUACAACGAAGGGAAUGGCUUUAACUGCACAGUUAUACCAUCAGCCCCGAAAAAUGUCCAAGUAAUCUACGUUAACCGAAGUGCGUUGGAGUUAAAAUGGCAGCCUCCUGCAGUAACCGGUGACCAGACCCACGUGUUUUACGACGUCGACUGCCUUAAGCCGUGUGAGGGUGAAGAAGAAAACAAGUGCGUUAAUAAAGCUUGCGGGAGUGACGUCAUUUUCAUACCAAGAAAGGAUAGCUUCAAUGUCAGUCACGUUAUUGUUGGAAACCUUACUUCAUAUGUAAACUACACCAUGAAAAUCUACGCUAAGAACCGAGUGAGCGAAGUAGCGAGAAGGAAACAUGGAAUUGAGGCAAGUCUCUCGGAAGUAACAGUGAGGACAAACGGAUCAGGUAAGUCAUGAUCGGCUCCUUGACUAAAGAAAGUAUCACACAA